AGCACUGUCUCACAUUUAAAUUUUUCGUGUACAUUUCAACCAAAAUCCUCAGUAUGGAACACGUGUGCCCCACAGAUGAGCGGCCAAAUCCGACGGAGAUGCAGUCGCCCAUCCAGUUUGAGGCAGACAGCCCCAGGAAACAUUUCACGGAGCUUUAUUUCACCGGCUACAACAACUUCUACGACGCCACGGUAACGUACACCGAGCAAGCAAUUAGGGUGGCCCUAACGGGUCUGAAAAAACCACCGACGGUGUGUGGGGGUGGACUCGUCACUGAGUACGUCCUAGACGCGAUUGAGUUCCGCUGGGACGCCGAACACAUAAUGGACGACAAAAGGUACCCCUUGGAAGCCCAAAUGAUUCACUACGCCAGACGGUACGAAAACUACGACACCGCUCUUAAGUACAAAGACGGGAUCGCUAUUUUCAGCACGUUUUUUAUAGUGACCAAAACGCCGAAUGACGCUUUCGAGAACCUGAUCCAAGCGAUUCCUGUCUGUGAAAUAAAAAUUCUCACUCCUGUGGACUUGCAGCAGGAAAUUGUGCCUCGUUUUUUCUUGCCUCCUAAAAUUGGCAAGUACUACCGGUACUCCGGGUCUUUAACCACCCCCUGCUUUAACGAAAGCGUGAUCUGGACGGUAUUUUCCGAACCCUCAUACCUAUCCAACGACCAGUUGGAAGACUUCACCAAGAAGUGGUCGGAGCUUAAUAAGCUUCAAACCACGAACUGCCGAGAGCUGCAGAAUAUUAAUUCCCGAAAUGUAUAUCUUAGCGCGAUCUAGCGCCAUGGGUGCGGGAGAAGAUUCGUAGCAAAUGCACACCAAAGAACGAAGAAGGAUAUCGAAAGUGAGUUAAUAAAGAGUGAGUUCUCAUUGGUCUCGUAAUACUUUGGACCCUGCACAACUGUGUCUUAAAAUUAUAUAAAAAAAAAAAAAACGAAAGACGGCACGAAAUUUAACGAAUGGAAUGAUUGCGAUCGACAGGUUCGAUG